UAGACGCAUAAACGAAAGUUGCCAGGCUCGAAUUUUUCCCGCAUGGAGACGUACAGCGUGGGUUUAUGUCUAUCAACAAUAUGUCAUCGAUUCAACGUGCUCUCUUGUUCUAAAGUUGCCACAUUUUACCUGUACUCUCGAAAUUAGUGAAGUGAUAUACAUGUACUUGGGGAAAAGGUCACUCGGGCUGGUGGUACAAGCCUAAACCUAGAGGCCAAUAAUAGUCGAGUGAAUCGUGAACGAUGCACGUAGGCACGACAGGGGUGUAAACGCUUGUCCCGUUUACUUGACAACGUGUACACUGAGCCGUCCGUCCCAUGGAGCCAUGAGGGGCAUGCGGGAAAGGCAGUCGCGACUUCAGUGCAGUAUCUCCGAGUUGUUUGACCCAACUUUCAUCGAGUGAGAGACACCCACAAACCGUACGAACAGCCAAGUGGGCAGAUGGACAGCAAGUGUUCUUGUCGCGAGAAAAGAGAGACCAAAAAAACACAACAAAAACCAGGAUGUAGUCAAUGAACCCCCCUUCAACCUCACAAUGAUUACCGUGGGAUCCAAAGGCGACUCGGACCGGGAUUUGGUGCAGCACAUGCUGAAAAUCGCCUUGAGCGGUGGAGGACAAAUCAAGUACCAAUCGAAACCAAGACAACAACAAAAGAGCACCGGAACCCAAGAACCAUUGGUGUCGCUACCUAGUCACCAUGGUAACCACAAGAAGGCCAAUAAUAACGACAGUCGUUAUGUAACACGGAGCGUGCCUGUACAUUCGGCAAGACAUAAAAAGGACGAAGAUCGUGGAAGCAGCUCAGCACCUAAUGAAGUGAAUCGUCAUCACACCAACCAUGACAGACAACAGCGUGUUCCUAUGCCUAGACUGCCCAAGAUUAAUAACCUACUCAGCGAACCACUAAAGCAACAGGUGCAUGGAACAUCAACAGCCACAGAGGCAGGUCGAAAGGAAAUUCAGGGUGGUAAACGAUGGGCUUCUUCUUGGGCUGAUGCUAGAGCCAACUCCUCCUCCAUCAAAGAAACUAGGCAAGUACUCGUCUUAUAUGCCAAUCAGGGCCGAAAUGCAGCUGACAACUCCCACCAACCAUCAAGUGACACCAUCCGCAUUGCAAAGGAUUCCAACAAGAUCCACUCACCCAACAAAUCCUCAUCACCCAGGAUACCUAAUGGUUCCCCGAUCAAAUUCCCGAAGGAUCAUGAGGACAAGUUUACCAUUAAAGAAAACGGGGAGAAAAAAGCUGGAGCUCAGAAAAUGAAGCAUAAAAACAUUCCCUUAGCUUCGAGUAAAGAUGAACCCGUCAACUUGAAAGAAAGUAAACUAAAAAGUGAGAGACGAACACAAUCCUCGUCUCAAAUCGAAACCAAAACUCCAAAAUAUUUGCCAAAUCGGAGUAAAUCAAGCGCUGUUCUUACCAACAACCGAGAGGUGACGAGACAGAACUCCCACAUACCCUCAGCCUAUUCUUCCUCAAAGGCAUCAUCUGAAAGGAGGGACAUUCCCCAGGUUCGAGUCUGGACUACCUCCCGAGGAAGUCAAAGCACCAGUACCACUCUAACAAGUAAACCACCAGCAACUCAGAAGAAACGUUUUCGCAAGCCCGUCAUCAUUACAAGGAAGAGUCUAGUGAAACAAAAGACCUUGCAGUCAGUAUAUGGGAAUAAAACUUAUAAACUCCAGAGACAGGUGAGAGUGUUGCAGAAGAUGGAACAGGUGCAGAAGAAAGAGGUGGAAGAUUACAAUCGAGAACUGAAAGAGAAAGAGAAACAGAAAAUGGACAGUGUUGUCAGACAGAGGAUGGCUCUCAAAAGGGUAAGAGACAAGUUUGACGAGGACCAGGUCCGCCGUUUUCGCCGUCAGUAUGUCUCUUGGAAGAGUGUAGAGGAAGAUCGUCUCCACCGCAGCAGUGAGGUUUAUGGUCUGCCCGACUUCAUCUAUGAAGACCGGUAUGAGAAAACGUUGAAGGAAACGUCAACUGUAACCAAGAAAGCCCCCAAGAAAUUCCAGAAAUAUGCCACAUGGGUCCGCAACAUCAAAGUGUUCGAAAAGCUGCUGAAUCCAACUGUUGGAGGAAAUCUCGAAGAAGUUUUCAAGACUAACACCAAGACGAUUGUUGAGGGGAUUGACACUGUCAAACUGGAUAAUGACGAUUCUUCCCGUCCAAAGAAAGUGAAUGUCAAGCGACUGAUUGGGUCUGCAAAGAAACUUCUGACAGUCACAGAGACAAUGGAUGACAUUUCUGAGGUAUCAUCUCAUCAAGAGGAUGACCUUAGUGACGACUCCCUUGACCUGAGUGAAGAUGAAGAUCAGUAACUGGCUAAGAAUGGUUACAAUGACAACAAAACUUCGAUGGUAGGGGCAGAGCAACACCUACCAAGAUGAACAUGAUAACGUCAAGGCCUUUCAUUUCCGGAAAUUUGUCAUUGUCCUUCAUGAAGCAGUCAUGAAUCACUGAUGGGAGAAGUCUUACGAUCAGAAAAAAAGGCUUUAAAGUGCCAAAUAUUUAUCAGUACAUGUACAGAUAUUUAAUAUAUGUACUUUCGAGUUUGAGAGCUAUCAGUUGUCAUGAUAAUAAAGAAAAUUGAAGGUCAAUACUUAGGCCAUAUUAUUUCUCAAGAUUGGUAGGCCAUGUUGUGUAAUAUCAAGCAGCUCUUAUUCUCUUUUAAGCCUUUUUCCACUCAAAAUGAAAUGUUAUCUUUUUCAGGCAUCAAGCUUUUAUAUUACUCAUUCAGUCUUAUUUAUUAAGAUUAAACGAUUUCAACACUCAUGUUUGGAGUUUGAUUAUUAUUUAUUUGAUAGCAAACCAUUGUAAAAUGUCAUCUCGUGUUCCCGUUCAGAUUUCAUGAAACGUGCCAACAAGUAACCAUAAUAAAACAGCACAUUAUUGAUGGUACAUGGAUAUUGUUGUGCUGUAACUUUGAACGUGCCUUUCAACCGUAGCAGCAUUGCCAAAUAAAUACUGAUGUAUAUUUGAUUUUAAA